ACUAAGAAAGAUUGUCCUAUAUCGUCAACCACAGUUAUAGAGUUAUACGGAUAAAAUGUCUUCACAUUCGCCACUGAUAGAAAAAGUCCACAAUUUUGGAAUUUACAUGAAAAAGAGUAAAAGAGCUAUAUUUCAGCUUGAUUUUCCUGGAAAGUCUUUCUACAUCAUACAACGUGGUCACAUAAAGAAAAACUAUGGUUUUGAUAAACUGCAGCAUUAUGAUUCUGAAGAAGGGUCUCAUCUAGUGUUAAGGUUUGUAGAUGGGGAGAUUGAGUUUGACACAGAUAAUUCAGAAGAAAAAUAUACAAUAUGUCGCCUGCUUUCUUUAAUUACAGAUGGUACAUCAGCGGAAUAUGCAAAUACAGCAUCAGAUAGUAGCAGUCUAUCUCUAUUACCACCAGUUAAAAUCAGACAAGAAAGAAUACUUAAAGAUGGUCUGCUGGAGAAAAAGGGAAAUACAACCAUAACUACAUGGAAUAAACGAAGAGUUAAGGUAUCACCAGGCGAAUUUUCUUACUUCAAGCCAGGAGAAGAUUUGGCAUUAAAUAUUGUUCAGAUUUGGGAUGGUAUUUGUCAAAUAAAAAGAAUAGCUUCCAGUGGUUUUUCACUGACUAUACGGGAUGAACGAACAUAUAGUUUUCGAUGUAUUGGAGAUCCUAAACAACGGCUGACAGCUGAAGAUGACAGGGAAGAAUGGGUUAAGGUUCUCGAGAAGGCUAUUAAGACUCGUAGAAAUACAUUGGUGUAUUUAGAUAAUAAUAUUGGUAGAAAUGCCAGUAUUAAAUCUAAACCAGAUAACAUCUAUGAAAUGGCCACGGCAGUUAUUGGGAAUAAGGAAGAUACAUCAGCUACACAGUUUGCCUCAGACGUUAACCAACAGCAGGUCAACCAGUUUCAACCACGAGCACAAGAAAUAACAGCUCAUCUAAGUGUUAGUGUUAGCUAUGUUGGCACAUCAGAUCCUACUUCUGAUAGAACUCAACAGCAAGCGAAUCAAUCUUCCCCUGACCCAAUCAGAUCAGGAAAAGUACCCAUAAUGGCCACAUCUACAACAAUACCAAUACCAGUUACAUCUAGUGAAUCAUCUCGCUCUCCACAGACAUGCCCUUCUGAAGCUAAUAUUUAUUCAACUGCAGAACCCAUUCUAACAACUAAGUCAUCCAAUGCUAUAUUCGAAUCACCUGAAGGCAAUGUUUCGUCUGCUAGAGCGAUGUUUGAAGAUAAAAUAAAAGUGUUAGCCGAUGCGGAUGGAACUGAUACGAAAACUAAAAGAAGGAGCGGGUCACCCCAGGAACCGAAACAAGACAGACCACAAAGUAACGGAGUACCACCACCGGCGACACUCACAGGAAGACCUGCACCGCCACCACCACCACCACCUGCCCCAGCUCCUCUACUAAAAGUGAAGAAAGCUGGCGUGAAGCUUACAACACUUCCGUCCGUUAAAUUAAAACCUGCGCACUGGACUAAAAUCUCAAAUAAUGUGGUUUCUGGCUCCAUCUGGAAGACCAUGCAUGACGUAACUAAGAAUCUUGAUCUUUCUUUGUUGGAAGAACAGUUUGCUAUGAAAGAAAAAGAGACCAGUAAUGGUAAAGAACCCAAAGAAGGGGGUAGAAAAUCGAAAGAGUUGCUUCUUGACCCUAAACGUGCUCACAUCCUGGGUAUCAUUGUGAAUGGUAUGAAAAUAACUGGCAAUGACAACAUGUUGGAACUUUUAUCUACAAUGACCGAAACGGCAACUUUUCCAGCAGAAACUUUAUCGACUAUACGUAGUUGUCAACCAACCGACGAUGAUAAAGAGAUGUACAAAGCUUAUAAAGGACCUGUAGAAAAGUUAUUACCAGUUGAUAAAUUCAUGAAGAAUCUUUGUGAAAUUCCUUACAUUGGACUACGAUUAGAACUUACACAAACCAUCUGGGAGUUCCCUAGAACAUACGAAGCUGUACAAGAGGAAGUAGAAGAUAUAUGGAUUGCGUGUGAUGAAUUAGUUGGCUGUAGUAAGUUGGUUAAAAUACUGGAAUAUAUUCUGGCUAUUGGUAACCUUCUGAAUUCUAAAUGGUCCUCCGGAUAUGGUGUUCAGGGUUUUGAAAUAACUUCUAUUGAUAAGAUUUUAGAAGUAAAAGGAAGAGACCCUCAUCUGACAGUUUUGAGUUAUUUGGUAAAUACGCUGCGUGCUCAAGAUCAAGAUUUGUUAGAUUGGACAUCGACUUUAAAACACGUAUCAUGUUCUGCUGAAUACUCAGUUAAAGCUAUAGGUGCUGAAAUAGAAGUUCUGAAGAAUGAUUUGCAAAAAGUAAAGAAAAACAUGAAAGUUCUGAAACCUUUGAUGACGUCAAAUCAAGAUAAACAGUUCCAGUCGGAUGUACAGAAUUUUGUUACCGAGCAUGAGAAGGGCCUGAAUAAAUUAGACACCAAGGCAACUCAACUUAUUAAUAAAUAUAAUAGAACACUGGAAAUGUUUGGUGAGAAUUCGGAUCGUCCAUCAGAUGUUUUCUUCUCUAGUAUAAGUCGCUUUAUGGAGAAAUUCGAACAAGCCAGGGCCAAACGUCUCAAAUAAGACAGAACAUCAAGAUAUCUUGAAUCUUAUAAAUUAUAGUAGCAUAAUCUAUUCUUUGCCAUUGUAUAUAGUGUAUUAUAAUACAAUAUUACUUUAUCCAUAAUCAUAUAACAUUAUUAGACGCAUCCUCCCCAACGAUUUGUAAUUUCCCCAGCCAAAUUAACAUAAAUUGACGUUGUUUGAUAAUAAAGACUAGAGAAGCCUAGUCGAAACGUCGCGCUGUAAUUUGAGUAAUAAAUAAAAUGAAAUGGGGUUUAACGUCGUACUGUUCUGCUGCGACUGGUGCUCAGUAAUAAGCUGUAAUUGUAUUCCAUAGAACUCUGACCUGUAUAUUCGAUUUCUAUCAAAAUUUUCCAUUAAACAUGCAUUAUGCAAGAGCUAAAUCUGCCUAUUGCAGGUCUUUCUUUUGGCCUGAAAUGUUAUAUAAACUAUUAAUUAGACUAUAAUUAACGUAUCCAGAACAUAAUCAACUCUCGAUGUCAGCGCUAUCCUGCGAUAAUUGUUGGAUUAUGAUCCGAUUUGCUGCAUAGCUUUCCUUCUCGAUUUAACGAUUAAAUGAUAAUCGAGACUAUGAUUUUUGUCGUACCGACUUUAGUAAUGAUGACCGAGGCUAGGCGGAAAUUUCAAUCGCUUAGUUCUCGGUUCAUAGUGGAUGAAUUUGACUGAAAUUUUCAACAAAUUGCCUUUACAUUAUCUAGUUUUUAACUAUUAUAGUGAGAACUGCCAACUCGUUAUCUAAUCUCCCAUAAUGUAUCUUUAAUAUCUCCAUUAAUACCACGUGAGAAUCUAAAAAUGAAACUAGAUGUAAAUAAACUAUACAUAAUAUAUUCUAUAAUGUAUUAAUUGCACUGAUUUGAGACACAUUCUAUUGAUAAUUCUGUAGAUGAUAUCAUGGGCAAUAAUGUAGCUAAAUUCGCUAUGAAGGUUGGAAUGACCAAAUGUCAUGAAUCAAGCACCAAAGGUGCUAAUUUGUACAGGGGGGGUUCAGGUGUAUGCUUCCUGCACUUACUAUUAUGUACAACUUGAGUUAAGUAAAAUACAUGUAUUACCAGGCACUUGUCACAGUGUGAAUCCCCCAUAUGUAUUAAAGCUAUACACCAGAUAUAUACACAUACACCAAUGUAACACCUUUUUGGAUACAGUACAGUAAAACAAAACCUAAAGAAAUUUC